AUGAAGCGAACUUAUGAAAGUGGGUCUCAGAAACGCAAAGAGAAAAAACGAAAAGACGAUGAAGCUGCACGAAGUUCAAAAAAUUUAAACGCUUGGUUAACUGCUUCCACUUCUCAAACCAAGGACCAAGAUCUUUGUGAAACAGUUAAUCAACCUACUCAAUCCGAAUCAGAAUUAAAAAAGCCAUGUCAAGUUGAAGAUGAAAUUAAAAUAACGGGUCGUGAGCUGGAAACCUGUCAUAACGAAAGUCAUGAAGAACUUCACUCUACAGAAAAUUCUACUAAACUCAUAAAUGAGCAAGGUCAAAUUGAAGUACGUGUUACACACGAACUUGAAGAUGCGCUUAAUGUGAGUUUGUGUGAUGUUUUACCAAAAACUGUUAAUGAAAGUGAGCUUAAACGUAAACUGGUCAGGGAUGGUCCUUAUCAACCUGAAGGACCUUUUCCAAGAGAUAGGCAAGGGCGAUGUUUUUCGAGUCAUUAUUAUUCAUUUACAACCAACGCUGGUAUAAAACUCAAGAGAAAUUGGUUGUGCUAUUCAAAAAGUAACGAUUGUGUCUAUUGCCUUCCAUGUUGGUUGUUUCCUCAGGACGUCCUUGUAACUGGAAUAAAUUUGAGUAACCUGUUUUCAAAAAACGGCGUGAGAGACUGGAAACACAUUUCGGAACGCAUAGCUAGUCAUGAAGGGCCAAAAGUGCAUUCUUAAGCCUGCAUGGUGUAUGAACAGUGGUCAAGAAAUAGAACUGUUGUAGAUACUAUUAACAAACAAAGUGAAGAUGAAAGAAGAUUUUAGUUAGAAGAAGUUAAGUUUAUAUAAAAAAAUCAUUUUGAGGCUAAGCAUGAUUAGCUUAUUUAAAAGUAGAUUAAAGAGCUAGAACUGCAAAAUAGUUAGAUAUUUUAAAAUAAAAAAAAAAAAAAUAAAAUCAAUUAAAAAAUUUGUAU